ACCGAAAGCCCCGUGAGUCGAGUUUGAGAAGAAAACACUACGAGUCCAGGGGAUUAUGGCGGCCAAUUUUAAGGUGUUGACGGAAGAUUCCCAAUUCCAGACGGAGUUGAAUCAGGCGGGAGGCAAGCUUGUGGUGGCUGAUUUCACGUCGGCCAGAUGCGGUCCAUGCCAGCGUAUUGCACCUGUCUUUGCAGACAUGGCAGGGAGAUUCCCCAAUGCCGUGUUCCUCAAGAUAGACGUCAACCAGUGCUCUGGGGCUGCUGCAUCUCAGGGUGUGUCAGCAACACCAACAUUCAUCUUUUACAGGAAUAAGACGAAGUUGGACAGCUUACAGGGCGCAGACCCAGAGACGCUGAAAGCCAGAGUGAGCCAACACUAUGGGGACGGAGACAACGAGGAAAUGGAGGACUCGGGUGUCCCUGGCCAUAUCGACCUCCUCCCCAUGGUGAACAAAGCAGGUUGCGAGUGUCUCAACGAGAGCGAUGACCACCCCUUCACGCAGGCACUCAACUCAGCCGGAGGUUACCUGGAGUCAGACACAGAUGAGCAGCUCAUCCUCUACCUCUCCUUUAACCAAGCGGUAAAACUACACAGUAUGAGAAUCAAGGCCCCAGCUGACUGUGGUCCCAAGACGAUAAAGGUUUUCAUCAAUCAGCCGCAUACCAUCGACUUUGACACAGCGGAGAGUGCCAAUCCCAUCCAGGAGAUAACGUUAUCUCCCAAGGACUUAGAAGGUGAAUUAAUUACUCUUAAAUAUGUAAAGCUGCAGAAUGUGAUGAAUUUUACCAUCUUCAUUAAAGACAACCAGACUGAAGCAGAAACAACCCAGAUAUCAUACCUGCAGAUUAUUGGUUCUCCUGUCCAGACAACCAAGAUGGCUGAUUUCAAGCGUGUAGCCGGCAAAAAGGGAGAGAGCCACUGAGAUCUUCCAGUCCAUUUUAGCAAAAAGAAAUUUCAGGUCUCCAUAUUGAAUUUGUUUAGAGUAAGAUAUGAAACUGUUUGGCCAACUACAUGAAUGGAAAGAUUAUAAUUUUUUCUUAUUGGCUAAAAUUUAAAAAUCAGAUCUAGAUAGUGAAAUGGUAAAAUUAUAAUCCUAUUUUUAAAAUUUUGCUGCCAAUUUGUUUUUGUGUUAAAGAAAUAAAACCAUAAACAUAAAAAUAAACAUUGAUUUCUGUAUCAUGUACUUGGUUGGGAUGGCGGAGAGUUCUUGGGGUGUAUAACACAAGGAAAGGGUUAGUGCCUAUUAAAUUUUUAAGAAUCAAAGAGGAAUUGUACUCUGAUGUGUCUGUGUGUGACUAUAGAAGUCACUAGUUGACAAGGUUGUCUACUGUAUCCUUUACAAGGCUUAUUCACGCUGAACAGGUGCUUGAAUGAAAUAUCUGUCUGUGUUUGUUGCACCAGAAACUAAGAAAAAAUGGAGUAUGGAUCCUAGGUUUUCAAUUUUGUUACCCCUUUGUUCACCUCCAACUUCUGUUGUAAGUCACAAGACAACUCGUUGCUCAUUUUGAUUUAAGUGCUUGCUGGUGGUGUUUUAGUGGUUGAGGCAAGUGAUACAUUCAAAGACCAGAAAAAGAGUAGUAAUUAAGGAAGAAAUAUGCAUAUCGCAAACCACAUGGGAUCGAGGAUUCAAAUAUUUCUCGUGGUACCUCUUACACCUUAAAGUUAAUUUAGGAAAAGCAUUGAUAUAAUUUGAUUAUGAGAAAAGAAAAGUUACCACUAAAUAGAAUGACACACUUGAUUUUACAUGCUGUAGUUGUGCAAAUUUCCCUCCCCCUCCUCACUGUUGUCUUUGUUUAUUCAACAAAUUGAGUAGGUCUCAAGAUUACCAGCACCUUGGAUUUUUUUUUUUUUUUUUUUUUUUUUGUAAAGGAUUUGUUUAUAUUUAUAUAAAUAACAUUAAGUCAAGAUUACCAGCACCUUAGAAAUAUAUAUACAUUUUUCAUUUUGUGGAAAAAAUGGGUUUAUAAAGUAUAUCUUGAAGCAUCCAGAAUACACACAGAAAGAUACAAAUACUAGAAAGGAUUACAACUCCAAAAGCUGUAGAAUAGUGGUAAUUAGCGUAUGAUGCAUGGGAAGUUAUUGGAAUUCUGAAGUCCACAUUUUAUUUAUGAGGAGGGUAAGAGAGAGACUGUUCCCACCAGUCGGUCAUCGUCCAAGACUGUUAAGCCUAAACAUUUAUUUUUACUUUGCUACAGAUCUCUCGAGUGAAAGAGUGUAUCUGUUCUUUUUCAUCUACACGUUUUAAAGUGGUGGUUGAUGCUCAACAUUUUGCAAAUGAAGACUUGAUAUACACACUAUGCAUCAACAGAAUAUCAAGAAACUAAUUUAAACACUAGUCCAAGAGUAUGUCAAAAGAUAAAUGGAAGACAACUGUACAAUUCCUGCAAUCAAGAGAAUAAAUGUCUUAGCUUUGAAUA